GUUCAGACCCCUGCCAGCGCCGCUCGUCCAUCUGUGCGCCACUCGGGGCACGCCCACGGGCGCACACAUCCAGGAACGAGCCGCGCGCGUCCCCGCCCUGCAGCAGCUGCCAGCUGCAAUCAGUCACCUGCAAACUUCACACCUGAUGGUAAUGACGGAGCUGCCUUUAUAGACCUGGACAACCUGCCAUCACUGGCCGGAUUAUAGCCAUCUGUACCUGAGUAAGCAUCCUGUGUCUGGCUUCCAUCCCACGUACUCGCUCUUCCCCUGCGACUUCCGUGUUUCUGUUGUCUGAUGCUCUUGUUGUCUUCCCGCAGCUCUUCCCGUGUUUCUCCUGGAUCCCCUGUUGUUCCCCUUGCCCCCCGGACUGCCUUUUGGAUUCUCGACCCCACGCUUGGACACGUUUUCCCACGGACUUCCGCGUUACUUCACUUCCGUCAACAUUUUGGUAAGACAUCCUUCAGCUAAUCUACACACAUAGCCUUACACCAUACACACUUGAGUUUUGAUCAGACUUCAUUUCCUUGGUUUAUUCAUUAGCAGUAAUAGUAUUAUUAUUAUUAGUAGUAGUACUACAGAUUUAUGUAUAUAUUUACUAUAUAUAAUAAAUCUUUGGAGAUACUGCCACCUGGUGUUCGUUUGCCGUCACCUCCCUUUUAGUCAAACAUAACAGUAUAAUCCGGCCAAUUGAUUAGGGACCUGACGGCCGAGUACCUUAGCCCUGCCCCAGUGACUUUCGUUCAGCCCCCCCUGAAUUUUUUUUCUUUCUCCUCCUCUUCUCCCAUUCACUGUCUUUUUCUUUUUUCUUUUUUUGCUCCACACGGGAGGAUUUGUCUUGUCCCGUCAACAUGUCUUGGAAGGGGAUGUUCAGUAGCAAUAUUAGCAAAGAGGAAUUUUCUCGUCGCCUGGACACCCUCUUCCCACCCUUAGAGACUGUUCCUCAGUCUGCAGGAAGCGUCUGGCAUCCAAUUUUGGAGGGGGGGGAUAGUACUGGUGGCUGUGCUGGUGUGGCGGCGCAGUGGCACCCAGACAGGCUACCCCCUGCCAAACUAAUUCCACCUGUCUUCCGCUUUUCUCAGCCACAGCCACCAGUUCCCUGGCUAGCCUCCGAACUAGCACCAGUUCCCUGGCUAGCGACCGAGCUAGCUCCAGUCCCCAGACUAGCCUCUGAGCUGGCACCAGUCCCCAGGUUAGCGCCCGAACUAGCACCAGCCCCACAGCUAGCCUCCGAGCUAGCGUCUGUCCCCGAGCUAGCCCCUGAGUUAGCACCAGCCCCACAGUUAGCCCCCGAGCUAGCGACAGUCCCCGAGCUAGCCUCCGAGCUAGCGGCAGUACCCGAGCUAGCAGCAGUACCCGAGCUAGCGGUAGUCUCCGAGCUAGCCUCCGAGCUAACGGCAGUCCCUGAGCUAGCACCCGAACUAGUGCCAGCCCCAAGGCUGAACCCCUCGUUUCCACCAGCUCCCUGGCUGGCCCCUGUGUCUCCACCAGCUCCCAGGCUGGCCUCGACCUCUGCCCCUCGGCCUGUAGCGCCGACUUCAGUACAUCGGCCAGCUCCUCAGCUGCCCUCCUCGUCUUUGGCUUUGACGUCUGCUGCUUCCACGCCGCAGAUGACGUCCGCUGCCUUCACGCCGCCGUCUUCCUAUGCCUCUACGCUUCAGACAUCACCUCCUCGUUUCUGGCGAGACGCACCAUGGCGUCACUCGCGUCCGCCUCCACGACUUCCAAGAUGGUGCCCGUUACUUGGUUGCCCGCCUCGCCGGCGUCAGCUGCAUUCUACUCGCCGUCGCCACCAGACUCGUCCCCGGUGGAUUCGGGGACACUUGGGCUGGCGACCCACCACCAGUUCGCCCCUCCGCCCUCCCUUGACUUUUGUUCCUGUGCUCUUGGUGUUUCGACCUGUGGGACAUCUGGAAGCUGUCCAUAAGAAGGGGGGUACUGUUACGGUUCAGACCCCUGCCAGCGCCGCUCGUCCAUCUGUGCGCUACUCGGGGCACGCCCACGGGCGCACACAUCCAGGAACGAGCCGCGCGCGUCCCCGCCCUGCAGCAGCUGCCAGCUGCAAUCAGUCACCUGCAAACUUCACACCUGAUGGUAAUGACGGAGCUGCCUUUAUAGACCUGGACAACCUGCCAUCACUGGCCGGAUUAUAGCCAUCUGUACCUGACUCUUCCCGUGUUUCUCCUGGAUCCCCUGUUGUUCCCCUUGCCCCCCGGACUGCCUUUUGGAUUCUCGACCCCACGCUUGGACACGUUUUCCCACGGACUUCCGCGUUACUUCACUUCCGUCAACAUUUUGGUAAGACAUCCUUCAGCUAAUCUACACACAUAGCCUUACACCAUACACACUUGAGUUUUGAUCAGACUUCAUUUCCUUGGUUUAUUCAUUAGCAGUAAUAGUAUUAUUAUUAUUAG